AUGAUCACUGGCCUCUACAGGACCACCCUCCGCACAGCUCAAUCCUUCAACUCGUACAACUUUAGAAAUUACUUCCUCCGUCGUACUCAUGAUGUGUUCCGAACGAUGCAGUCCGAAACCAACGCUGAUAAACUCAGAAGCUUAUUCCAAGAAGCAAACGCCGAGUUGGCUGUCAUCCGACGAAGUGCGAUUGUGAACCAGAUUUAUGGAGGACCGAAGUUGGUGAUUGAAGCUACGCUGCCGGAACAGGAAGGUGUGGAGAGGAGUGUUUUGUGA